GCCCUGCUCUGAGUGCUGUGUUUAAAAGAGCUUGCUCAGCUUCAUGUACGCUCAGUGGGUUUCAGCACAUGAGGGACGACGGCUGUGUAACAACACAGGAACAACCACAAGGCAUCUUAGUGGCUGUGGAACAUCUGAUUUACUUCAAAAUAAUCUGAUUACAUGCAGGGGCAGACUAACAUACACACCAGCAUUAACAUCAGAAUGUAUGCGCCCGGGGCCGUGCUGGCCCUCUGCCUGCCCUGCUUUUUGAGUGGGAAUGCGUUUGGUUAUGAAUAUGGAGAGGAUUACUCUGAUUCCUACUAUAAUGAAAUCUCCAAUGGUGAACGCCUGCAAACAGGAGCAACACAAAUUCCCUGUCCACCUCAAGACCUCUCACGCUGGGACAAACUUUUCAUCAUGCUGGAGGACUCUCAAAUGAAGCAAGACAUGCUCUUGCAUCAGAAUGAAGACAUGGUUAAGGCGGAGACGGACUCCAUAUGGAAGGAGCUCCAUAAGCUUAACAACAACAAAGCAUGCAUCCAGGCCUCAGAAAACACCUGUAAAUGUAUAAGUGAACAGAUGAACCGCAAUCUGAACCAAGCCAUGGAGCAGCUCAGAGAGGCUGCAGAUAAUUAUCAAGCCCAAAACAACGAGACGCUGCAGCAGCUCAUUCAGUUCAGCAGGAACCAGGCCACCCAUCUCACCAAACUGGAGAGCAGCUCACUGCUGGGAGCAGAUCUGGGGCAAGUGGCCAUGAAGUCUUUCUCCGCUUAUCCAAAGGAACAAGAAGCAAGCAAUGCAGAUGGCGGGAAGCUGGAGAGAGCGCUAAUGGCCACUGUUGCGGAUCUCCAAAGGGUACAUGCCCAGCUGGCCCUUUUCCAACGAGCAACGGCACAUCGAUUUCUGCCCUCAGGCUGUGAAAUGGCUUUAUUAUUCCCAAUGCGCUCCAAGCACAUCUUCGCAGAGGUAACACCCUCCACGUCCAUGUCCCUACAAUCAUUCACCAUCUGUCUGUGGGCCAAAGUGACUCAGUCUCUGAAUAAAACAGUGCUUUUGUCUUACGGAACCAAGAAAAACCCUCAAGAGCUCCAGCUUCUUUUGGCAAGACACUCGGUGCUCCUCACGGUGGGCGGUGAGACCCAUCUAGUGGAAGCUCAUAGCGUAGUAACAGAUGGGCAGUGGGGACACGUCUGUGCAGCUUGGAGCUCAGAGCAGGGGCUGGCCGCUUUGUGGGUGAAUGGAGAGAAUGUUGCCAGAGUGCCUGGAGUAGCCGAAGGGCACGUAUUGCCCGGUAAUGGGUUCAUUCUGCUCGGGCAAGAGCGCAGCCGCUCGGGUGUCUACAGAGAUCUGGACUCAUCGGUUGCGUUCACUGGAAAAAUGACAGGGGUGAACAUGUGGGACCACGUGCUGGACGCAGGGAGGAUUAAAGAGUACGCCAAUCAACACGGAUCCUGUGAUAGCCGUGGGAAUGUGAUUGGAUGGGGUGUUUCAGAGAUCAUUCCACAUGGUGGUUCUCAGUAUAUCAACUGAGACAGCACCAAUAUACAUCGCAAUACAAUCUUGUACGUUAGGUAAUAUUACAUUGUAUAUCAUCAGUGAUUUUGUAUUUACCUUCUUUUUCAUUCCAAAUAAAAAGCACUGCUUAAAGGAGUAGUUCUCCCAAAACAGAAAAUUUGCUGUUUACUCACCCUCAGGCCAUCCAAGA